UGGGGACACUGGACUUCUGGACUUUGGGCAGGGCAGACCCCUGUGAGUCCCUGGCUGCUGAACAGAGUUACUUCGGGACUCUGGUCUGAGCACCACAGCCAAGGGCUCUACUUUGUAUACUGUCCAGGCAAGGUUUCCCUGGCCAGGAUGUCGGGCCUGGUGUUGGGGCAGCAGGAUGAGCCUGCAGGGCACCGGCUCAGCCAGGAGGAGAUCCUGGGAAGCACUCGGCUGGUGAGCCAAGGGCUGGAGGCCCUACACAGUGAACAUCAGGCUGUGUUGCAAAGUCUGUCCCAUACCAUUGAGUGUCUGCAACGGGGAGGCCAUGAAGAAGGGCUAGUGCACGAGAAAGCCCGGCAGCUGCGCCGGUCCAUGGAAAACAUCGAGCUGGGACUGAGUGAGGCCCAGGUGAUGCUUGCUUUGGCCAGCCACCUGAGCACAGUGGAGUCAGAGAAGCAGAAGCUGCGGGCUCAGGUACGGCGGCUCUGCCAGGAAAACCAAUGGCUCAGGGAUGAGCUAGCAGGCACCCAGCAGCGGCUCCAGCACAGUGAACAGGCCGUGGCUCAGCUGGAGGAGGAAAAGAAGCACCUGGAGUUCCUGGGGCAGCUGCGGCAGUAUGACGAGGAUGGGCAUGCUGUGGAAGAGAAAGAGGGUGAUGUCCCCAAGGAGUCCCUGGAUGACCUCUUCCCCAACGAGGAGGAAGAAGACCCCAGCAAUGGCUUGUCCCGUGGCCAGGGGGCCCAGCACAGUGGAUACGAGAUCCCAGCGAGGUUGCGGACACUGCAUAACUUGGUGAUCCAGUAUGCAGCCCAGGGUCGCUAUGAGGUGGCUGUGCCACUCUGCAAGCAGGCGCUGGAGGACCUGGAGCGCACAUCUGGCCGCGGCCACCCUGAUGUCGCGACCAUGCUGAAUAUCCUUGCUUUGGUGUACCGGGAUCAGAAUAAGUAUAAGGAAGCUGCCCACCUGCUGAAUGAUGCCCUCAGCAUCCGGGAGAGCACCCUGGGCCGGGACCACCCUGCUGUGGCUGCCACACUCAACAAUCUGGCUGUGCUCUAUGGUAAAAGGGGCAGAUACAAGGAGGCAGAGCCGCUGUGCCAGCGGGCACUGGAGAUUCGAGAGAAGGUCCUAGGCACUGACCACCCAGAUGUGGCCAAACAGCUGAACAAUCUGGCCCUGUUGUGCCAAAACCAGGGCAAGUAUGAGGCCGUGGAACGCUAUUACCGGCGGGCACUGGCCAUCUAUGAGGGGCAGUUGGGACCGGACAACCCUAAUGUUGCCCGAACCAAGAACAACCUGGCUUCUUGUUACCUGAAACAGGGCAAAUAUGCCGAGGCUGAGACACUCUACAAAGAGAUUCUGACCCGAGCCCACGUGCAGGAGUUUGGGUCUGUGGAUGACGACCACAAGCCCAUCUGGAUGCAUGCAGAGGAGCGGGAGGAAAUGAGCAAAAGGCGGCACCGUGAGGGCAGCACCCCUUAUACAGAGUAUGGAGGCUGGUACAAGGCCUGCAAAGUGAGCAGCCCUACAGUGAACACCACUCUGAGAAACCUAGGCGCUCUGUACAGGCGCCAGGGAAAGCUGGAGGCAGCUGAGACCUUGGAGGAAUGUGCCCUGCGUUCUCAGAAACAGGGCACUGAUCCUAUCAGCCAGACCAAGGUGGCCGAGCUGCUUGGGGAGGGUGACAGUGGACGGACGUCCCAGGAAGGCCCUGGGGGCAGCGUUAAAUUUGAAGGAGGUGAAGAUGCCUCUGUGGCUGUGGAGUGGUCAGGGGAUGGCAGUGGGGCCUUGCAGAGAAGUGGCUCUCUGGGCAAGAUCCGGGAUGUGCUCCGUAGAAGCAGUGAACUCCUGGUGAGGAAGCUCCAGGGAACUGAGCCUCGGCCCUCCAGCAGCAGCAUGAAGCGGGCAGCCUCCUUAAACUACCUGAACCAGCCCAGUGCAGCACCUCUCAAGGUCUCCCGUGGCCUCAGUGCCAGCACUAUGGACCUCUCUUCAAGCAGUUGACAUUCAACCCUCAACCCCUAACCCCCAGGUCUGCUGGGUCCCCCCAUAGCCCUCACAGCAUUCCCUCUUGCUCCUGGCUCUUCCAACCCCAUGGUGGGAUAGUGAAGGGGGAGCUGUUAACCAGAGAUUGCUGCUGCCCUCGGGGUCUCAGCUCUGUCCUCAGGAAUCCCCCUCAGAAAGGACCCUCAGGACAUCCUCUCUCCACCCUGUAGUCCUCUAGAGUAGCUAGCUCGGAGGCCCUCAAGAUGGGUAAGGAGCAGGUAUGUACCUCAGAGAUGCAGCCUGCUGCUGGCUUUCUGUCAGAGGGUUUG